AUAAAUCUUUCUUCUUUGACAACACUUUAUUUGAGUGGUUGCUCAAGCUUGGCAAGCUUGCCAAAUGAAUUGUUAAAUCUUUCUUCUUUGAAAAGACUUUCUUUGAGAGGUUACUCAAGCUUGACAAGCUUACCAAAUGAAUUGGCAAAUCUUUCUUCUUUGAAAGAAUUGUAUUUGAGAGAUUGCUCAAGCUUGAGGAGCUUGCCAAAUGAAUUGGCAAAUCUUUCUUCUUUGACAACACUUGAUUUGAAUGGUUGCUCAAGCUUGACAAGCUUGCCAAAUGAUUUGGUAAAUCUUUCUUCUUUAAAAAGACUUUUUUUGAAAGGUUGCUCAAACUUGACAAGCUUGUCAAAUGAAUUGGCAAAUCUUUCCUCUUUGGAAGAACUUAAUUUGCGUAAUUGCUUGAGCUUGGCAAGCUUGCCAAAUGAAUUGGCAAAUCUUUCUUCUUUGAUAACACUUGAUUUGAGUGGUUGCUCAAGCUUGGUAAGCUUGCCAAAUGAAUUGGCAAAUCUUUCUUCUUUGAAAAGACUUUCUUUGAGGGGUUGCUCAAGCUUGACAAGCUCGUCAAAUAAAUUAGCAAAUCUUUCUUCUUUGACAACACUUGAUUUGAGUGGUUGCUCAAGCUUGACAAGCUUGCCAAAUGUAUUGGCAAAUCUUUCUUCUUUGGAAGAACUUAAUUUGAGUAAUUGCUCGAGCUUGGCAAGAUUGCCAAAUGAAUUGACAAAUCUUUCUUCUUUGACAGUACUUUAUUUGAGUGGUUGCUUAAGCUUGACAAGCUUACCAAAUGAAUUGGCAAAUCUUUCUUCUGUGAAUGAGUUGUAUUUUAGAGAUUGCUCAAGCUUGAUAAGCUUGUCAAAUGAAUUGACAAAUCUUAUUUCUUUGAAAAGACUUAAUUUGAGUGAUUGCACAAGCUUCUAAAGCUUGCAAAAUGAAUUGGUAAAUCUUUCUUCUUUGGAAGAAUUAUAUUUGAAAGAUUGUUGAAGCUUGACAAGCUUGCCAAAUGAAUUGGUAAACCUUUCUUCUCUGACAAGACUUGAUUUGAGUGGUUACUUACGCUUGACAAACUUACCAAAUGAAUUAACAAAUCUUUCUUCUUUGACAGCACCUUCUUUAAGUGGUUGCUCAAGCUUGACAAGCUUGCCUAAAGAAAUGGCAAAUCUUGCUAUUUUGUCAAUACUUGAUUUGAGUGGUUGCUUAAGGUUGACAAGUUUGCCAAAUGAAUUAGGAAAUCCUUCUUCUUUAAUAAUACUUAAUUUGAAUAGUUGCUCAAGCUUGACGAGCUUGGCAAAUUGAGUGAUUGAAUAAUCAAUUAAUUUAUUUAUUUUACUUUUAAGAGCUAAAGUUAUUUUAUGUUUCUAAAUUGAUAAGUUUGUAAAUUAGAUUUGGCUAAUAUUUUUUAAGAGAAGUUUUUUUGAUUUCAUGUUUAGUCCUAACACCAUAGCUAUAUAAAUUAGAAUGUUGUUUUUAAAAGAUGAUAUCAAUAAGAUACUUGAUACUUGAUAAUCUUAUUGAUUGAAUUUUUAAAUUUUUAAGUCGUUUGAAAAAAAAUACCUUGUAAUUUUA